GAUGAUAUUGUUGCUUAUAUUUUGAGAGAAGAUUAUGAAGAACAUGAAAAGAAAUGCAAACCAAAGCUUGGGGAAUAUUGUGAAGAAUUGAAAGGAAUAGAUCCAGAAUUAAAUAAAGUUCAUACUAAAGUUAAAGAAAUUUGUAAUAAUAUAGAACAAAAAUGCGCAGACCUGAAAGGCGAAGUUGAAAAAGUAUUGAAAGCUUUUGAAGGGGAACUUAAAAAUGCAUUGAAAGACAUAAAAGAUGAAGAAUGUGAAAAAUAUGAAGAAAAAUGUAUACUUUUAGAAGAGACGAAUCAUGGUGUUAUUAAGAAGAAGUGUGUCGAGUUGAGGGAAGGAUGUUACAUGUUCAAGCGUGAAAAUAUGGCAGAGGAGCUCCUUUUGAGGACGUUCGUAGGGGAUAUUAAAAAGAAUGGUGAAUGUAAAGGAAAGAUGGAAAAGGCUUGCCUAGUGUUAAUCCAAGAAAGCGACGAGUUGAUGUCUUUUUGCCUUGAUCCGAGUGGAACGUGUCAAGCGCUGGAAACCAAAUUGAAGGAUGUUUGCAAGCCUUUAGAAGAAGAGCUUAAAAAAGACGAAUUAGCGGAGAAGUGUUAUGAAAGACUUGAGAAAUGUCAUUUUUACAAAGAAGCGUGUGAAAAUACAAAGUGUGAAGAGGAUAAGACGAAAUGUGAGAAAAAUAAUAUUACAUAUAAAGCGCCAGGAUCCGAUUCUAGUCCUGUCAAACCGAAGCCGUCGUUGUUGACAAGGAUUGGGUUGGAAGAUGUUUAUAAAAGAGCUGAAAAAGAUGGAAUUUUUAUUGGAAGACAAGGAGUGGAUCUACCAAGAAGGUUUGGUGGUGAUUUACUCCAAGAUGUCUUGUUAGUGUUGAGCAGAUAUGACCAAAACAAGGAACCAAAAAAGAAAUGCAAUAAAGUGUUAGAAAAAUGUAAUGAUUUUAAGUAUUUGAAUACUGAAUUGGAAAAGUUAUGCAAUAAUGAAAAAGAGGGCGAAUGCGAAAAAAUGCUAAAUAUAAAAGAAAGAUGUACAAAACUCAAAUUAAAUCUUUAUCUGAAAGGGUUGUCUACAAAAUAUGAUGAAAAAGCUGAUUCAGAUCUUUUAUUCUGGAGAGAGCUGCCAACAUUAUUUACGAAGGGAGAGUGUACAGAACUUGAGUCGGAAUGUUUUUAUUUAGAAACAACGUGUAAAGAUAAUGAGAUUGAUAAAGCGUGUCAAAAUGUACGAGUAGCGUGCUAUAAAAUGGGACAAGAUAGGUUGUUGAGUACGUUGUUUCGAAAGGAAUUGAAGGGGGAGCUUGGUCAUAUAAGAUAUUAUAGUGACGAUCCUAAAAAUUGCAAAAAAUCUGUGGUAGAAGAGUGUGCAAAACUUAAAGAUAAAAGAUACCUUUCAAAAUGUCUUUACCCUAAAGAACUAUGUUAUCUGCUUUCAGAUGAUAUUUUUCUUCAAUCAAAAGAGUUAGGUAUGCUUUUGGAUGAUCAGAGAGAUUUUCCAUUUGAAAAGGAUUGUCUUGAGUUGAAGGAGAAGUGUGAUGAACUUAAAAAUCAUACAUAUUUGAAUUAUGAAAAGUGUGUAACAUUGAAAAGACGCUGUGAAUACUUUAGAGUUUCAGAGAGAUUUAGAAAAGUAUUUUUAGAAAGAAAAGAUGAUUCGUUAAGGACUCAGAAAAAUUGUACAAAGGUGUUGCAUGAGAAAUGUGAUGCUUUAUCUAGGAGGAGAAAGAAUCCAUUUACCGUUUCAUGUGCUUUGCAAGAAGAAACAUGUGAAUAUAUGGUAGGCCGUACAAGUCAAGAAUGUAGAUAUUUAGGAAUCAACAUGGAGAAUGAAAAAAUUCUAGAAGGAAUUGAAAAAGCAAAUGAAAAUAAAAAUGAAACAGCACUCGAAGAACUCUGCACAACAUGGGGCCGACAUUGUUACCAACUUGUGGAGAAUUGUCCAGAGCAGUUGAAAGAAGAAGGUGAUAAAGAUCAAAACUGUGACAAACUCGAAGAAAAAUGCAGGGAUACCUUUAAAAAGUUGAAAUUAGAGGAGGAGCUGAGUCAUCUGUUGAAGGGCAGUUUAAGCGAGGAAAAAAAAUGUAAAGAAGCAUUAGAAAAGCGUUGCACUGAAUGGAAAACAGCACCGAAUAAAACAUUCGAAACUCUGCUUGAUAAAUGUAAUGAUGUUACCAAGAAAAAUGUUUGCAAAAAAUUAGUUGAUAAAGUAAAAGAGAGAUGUCCUACUUUAAAAGCUGAUCUUGAGAAAGCGGAAAAAGAGUUGAAGGACAAGAAAGAUGAAUACGAUAAUGUCAAACAGGCAGCAAAAGAAUCUACGGAGAAAGCUAAGUUAUUACUAUCGAAGCCUCGAGAAGCCGUAACGCCAAGUGGGCAGAAUAGCAGUGCUUCAGAGCAAGUAUUACAACCAGUACAACCAGAAUCAGGGUCAUCAUCAUCACCAGCAGAGCCACCAGUACAGCCACUACCACCACCAUCAACUGGUAGAACAUCAGGCACACCAAGCACUGGAACGACAGACUCUGCAAAACUUGGACCCGUUAAAAGAGCGUAUGUAGAUGGAGGUGUAUCAGAAGCAGAGGUAGAAGCAUUUGAUAACACGGCAAUAGCAAUGGAGUUGUAUUUGGAAUUGAAAGAGGAAUGUAAAGCUUUAAAACUAGAUUGCGAUUUUACAGAGGAAUGUCCUGGUUCUAAAGAAGUCUGCGGAAAAAUAGACGAUUUAUGUAAACUGGAAGCAUUAAAAGUUUCGGCUCAUCAUACAGAGACAAUAACAAAUAAGGUGACGGAAACACAGACCAUUGAGAAGGCCGCUGAGACAGUCACUGAGACAGUAGGUGGAGGAAAAGUAACAGAACAGUGUACAUUAGUGCGGACGACAGAUAUAUGGGUGACGAGUACGUCAUUGCAUACGAGCACCGUGACAAGUACGCCUACUGUGACGUCUACAGUGACGUUGACCUCAAUGCGCAAGUGCAAGCCUACAAAAUGUACUACUGAUUCAAGCAGAGAGACAGAUAAAGGAGAAGAAGGAAAAGAUGAAGAAGAUGUAAAACCGAAUGAUGGGAUGAAAAUAAGAGUUCCUGAUAUGAUUAAAAUAAUGUUGUUGGGAGUGAUUGUUAUGGGGAUGAUGUAA